AUGGCAACGCAAACGCAGACUGAAUACCUCGCCGAGCCCUCCACCGCCCACGCCGAGACCUUGAGCCUCGCCAAGACGCGGUCGGUGGUGACGCUCAACAGCCGGGCCGUUGCGGACACCGCGUCUCCGAGCGUACUGAUUGAACUUGGCCGUGUCCGGAGCAGGCAGGUCGACACUGCCGAUACUGGCCCUCGCGAUGAUGCGAGCGGCCUGUCUGAGGAGCGAGGCAGCCCGGCGCGUCUUCUGCCUCAGGGCGUGCCGCCCGAACUGCCCAACCUGAUGGCCGAGGUGGUCUUCGUCCUCGUCUGCACCGCCGGCCAGCUCAUCUUCUCCCUCACUCUAGGCCACAUGACCGUGAACCAGUUCGUCUUUCAAAAGGCGCUGGACUUGCAGCCGUCCCAGCUGCCGUGGCUGGUUGGCUCCUCGAGCCUGGCGAGCGGUCUGUCCGUCAUUGUGUUUGGCCCUCUGGCCGACCUGGCGCCGCCCAAGCCGCUCAUGGUGUCUGCCUUUCUCUGGGAGGCCGUCUGGAACGCGGUAUCCGCCCUGGUCAUCUCCCCGCAGCUCAAGGUCGUCUUCUUCGUCUCCCGCGCGAUGCAGGGCCUGGCCGUGGGCGUGCUGGUGUCGGCGUCGAUGAGCAUCUUGGGGCGGGUGUACAAUCCCGGGAUGCGCAAGACGCGCGUCUUUUCCAUGAUGGCGGCCGGCGCGCCGUUUGGGUUCUGGAUCGGCGCCAUGCAAUGUGGCGCGCUCAGCGCUCAUCUGCCGUGGAUCUUUGGCAGCACGUCGCUGUUCCUCUGCGCCUGCGCCUUGGCGGCCUACUUUACGAUCCCACCGCUGGUCCCGGCCAGGGAGGGUAACUCGGCGGAUGUGCCGUCGAUGAAGCAUUUCGACUUUGUCGGCGCGACCCUGGCAUCGCUCGGCAGCGGGUUGAUCUUGUUUGGGCUGACCCAGGGCUCCUCGGUGGAAUGGAACCCGUACACCUAUUCGCUGGUGAUUGUAGGCGUUCUCAUGCUGGUUGCGUUUUACUUUUCUUCCCCCCAUGUGAAGCGACCGCUUGUACCUCACGGCGUGUGGAAAAUCCCGGGCUUCGUUCCCGUCUUGUUAGCUUACGUAUUCGGAUUCGGUGGCUACGCUGGCGCCUGGCAAUUUUAUGCCAUUCAGUUCUGGAUCAGGUACCAAGGAGCCUCGCCACUUACUGUGCCACUCUAUCUGCUUCCCAAUGCCCUGGCUGGAGUUGCCGCCGUCUGGCUGGUAUCCAGAACACUCCACGUCGUUCCUGGGCACUGGAUUUUGGCGACGAGCAUGGUCUUUUUUGGGAUAGGCAACGUCUUCUUCCUGCCCCAAACGCCAAGCACCUCUUAUUGGGCGCUUUCCAUGCCCGCCGUAGCUUUGGCAUCUCUCGGCCCAGACUUGAGCUUUGCGGCGGCAACCAUCUUCAUCACCUCGAGCGUCCCACGAUCAUACCAAGGCGCAGCAGGCAGUUUGCUCGUGACGGUGCAAAACUUGACACUAGCCAUCAUGACGUCAGUCUCCAACUCGAUCGGAAUCAAAGUUGACCAGCUGCCGUCGGGAGAGAUUGGCCUGCAGGGCAUGCGUGCCAUCUGGUGGUUUGGGCUGGCCCUGUCGCUUGUCGCAGCCUUGAUUGCUGCGACCAUGGUCCGAAUCCCCAAGGCGGAGGAGAAGGAGCAUGUGCAGUAG